AUGGCUACUACAAAGAGGUUACCUUCGGAUUCUGGAGCCUUCGCAGACUGGGUAGCUACGUCCUCUUCAGCCACGAGUCACGCCACCUCAGAUGAGUUCUCCCUUGGCUUCAAUGCCGGACCUACCGCCGUAGGAACUAGCACCGGACCCACCUCUAGAAUGUGGUCUACUGCGCCCUCCAGGCAAAUCAAUUACGGCCUCGCUUCCACGGAGAUGGGCAUGGUGGGCCUGCGUGACCUCUUUGUCGUCGCACCUGCCUCAUCUUUCUACCACAACCACCACCACCACCACCAUCAGUAUAACCCCAUCAUGUCCAAUCGUCAUUCCAUCAAAGGCUCCAACCCCGCCACUGAACUUGGAGCAGGCGUCGGCGUGGGCGUCAUCCCUCUCCUCACUGCUACUCCUUGCCUCACGCCAUCAAACAUUGGUGUUGACGAUGAGAACAAUAUGCUGAGUAAUAGGAACAGGGGUGGUAAAGGAAUUCAACUCUGGCAGAAUAAUCAACAUACUCAACAUGGGCAUUAUUUCAAGAAACCCGCGAUUCUUGAUCAUGGUGGUUCUGGGAAUCUGGUACAAUAA